AUGGCCGCUGAGAUGGAGCAGCACCGAGCGCCGGAGCUCGUGCUCGCGGCGUACAUCGAGGAGAGCAGAGCGCUGGCGCCCGUCGACGUCGUCGUCAGCUCGCGGUCCGAUCUGCUCCUGUGGCCCGACGUGAGUCUUCUGCAGCCACUUGCACCGAAGCUCCGGACAGCGGGCGAGUCGAAUUGCUCGUCGACGUUUGCACCGCCGUCAGGGGCCUACGUGGAAGACGACGAUCUCCCAACAGCGCUGCCCCAGUUGAGCCACGAGCUGUCCAGCGUGGGCGGCCUCUGCAACGCGGUAUUGCCCGUGUCGCCGUCGGUCCUGCGGGAUGUGCAGCUCGACGCGCGGUGCAUGGCGACGAAUUGGUCCUACGAAGCGUCUCAGAACAUGUACGCGCUGUGGACCCCACCGCCUGCGCUGCACGUGGACGUCGCGAUGCCCAGUGUGAUGCACCUGCAAGGCCAGCACUCGGUGCAGUUCCAGCAGCAUUAUCCGCUUUUGCUGGACCAGCAGCUCGAACCGGGGCUGUCGCUCCAAAUGUCGCCGAUCCACGGCUCGAGCUUCUCGCCGUUCGGGUCAGUGUCGGCCACGCCCGCACCAUUGCCGCCCUAUCCGAUGCCGGUGGUGGUGCAGCAGCCACCGCAGGAAUGUGGCGUGCUCGCUGGCUUUUCCACGCCACCUACUGCAGCAAACCUCAGUGACAUUAUGGCGUCAGGUGACCUGAGCAUGUUCCUCGCACCGAAUGGCAGCCCGACGAGCCUGACAAAGCACUAUGUGAGACCUAUGGCGCACGUGGGCGGGACGAGCAGCGUCAAGGACCUGACGCUCAACGAAUUGCGUCCGCACUUUAACAAGCCAAUGGCAGUGGUCGCCAAGGAACUGGGCGUCUGCAUCACACUCAUGAAGAAGAUCUGUCGACGCAACGGGCUCCUGCGUUGGCCGCAUCGACGUAUUCGUAGUCUGGUGAACCGCAUUUCGUCACUGCAGACACUGUCAAGUACCGCUACGAACGUCGAGCGCAAGCGCUUUGCAGGACAAAUUGCCGGACUGCGCAAAGAACUGUCAACAGUGAUCCAAAAUCCGAACGAGAAGAAGAGUCACAAGGCCCGAACGGAACAUUGUCAGAGCCUCGUUCGACCAGAAAAGGGUUCGCACCCGCAGGUCAUGGAUGACUUCCCUAUUGCUCUCAUUGCGGACGAUAUCGGGAGUCAAGCAGGGCAUCGUGGGAACAAAAGCAGGUUCGAAGAGAACGGGAGCCACGAACUGGACACAAGAGCAAAGACGGACCCCAAAAAGAAGGUCAAAGGAGCUGGCGGGUCUUCUGUCCACAAGCUAGCGGCACGUGUACGAGCCCGAACGAAGAGUCGCAAACCGUCGUUUGGUCUCCACGCGCACCGACCUCCGCCAAUUGAGAUACCGCGACACGACGAGUUGCCAUCCAUAAGCCGCUCACGCAGCCAAAGUGUGCCUGCAAGGAAGCUGCGUGGAGACCGACAAUACGGCCGGGGGCGGGAUACGUGUACUGACAUUAGUGUCACCGGUGCACGUCCUUCCACGACAACCCACCGCAACGGCAGACGCGGUUCCAUCUCGUCCAUUUUGAACGGCAUCCCCGAGUGA